GAGGCAAGUUAGGAGCUUGUCGGUUCUUAGUCUUGUUGAGCUGUAAUGUGGUGGUGGCAGCCCACGAUCUCGUCUCCUGUCAAGGUGAGGCAUGAUCGGGCAAACAGGAAAAAGAAGUACGUACCCGUCGGUAGCCCAAAAUUUCUGCCUCGCUCUUGCUUGUAGGCUCAGGGGGCGACCUCAACACCCAAGGCAGAGAUGAUCGAACUUUCCCGGCGGCUAUGACAUGCGGUUAGGAUAUGUGAUAGUCUCCCCUUCGAUUCUUUCUGUUUUAUCUCAGGAAUUCCGUGACCCUGGCGACUGGAACAGGUGGUAGCUUGACCCCUCUCAUCCUGAUGGAUAAACCGCCAAGCAUGGAGUUACCCCAAGGGCCUCCCAGCACUACAGAAGCUGCUUUGGCUGAGUUGGAUGCCGGCGUAUUUGAGAAUGCAAACACCAUCACCAAGUGGCUGUUGAGCCAAUCGCAGGGCACUCGGCCUCAGUUCGCCGAAGCAAUCUUUCAGAAGCUGCUUCGUGAAGCUUCACAGUCGAGGCAGUAUCAUGGCAAUGGUCACGCUUGCGUCAAGCUCUGCAGUUUCGUCCAACAGUGCGCCAAGUCGAGCGACGAGGCAGUAAGACAAUGGGCUUUUACUGAGACACUGUCGAAAGAGCUCUUCCACUUCUACUUGGAGUGGUAUGAGCACGAUCCUCACCGCGCCUUGCGGCUGGUGUUGGAUGUGCUUGUUGCUUCGUCCACUGCUAACCCGAGCCCCGAGGUUGGGAGAUCGGUGAAGGACCACAUCCUGGAGACUCUGAUCUCGAUUGUGGCCCGCAAGUCCCCGCAGCAAUUGACAAAAUCCGGCCUGCAAUGCCUUGAUCACUUUCUGAACAAGCGGGUACUCACUCUGGCGGACAUCGCUUCUAAGUACAGGGAGGUGGAGCCUGCUGCUGCUAAGCUGCCGAAUUUCUUGCUAUGGAGAUCCUUCGCCUUCCACCUCUUCUCCUGGAUCGAGGUUACUUAUGUCUGCCCGCUGGCUGGGAAGUGCCUUGUUCACAUCUUUCGUGGGCUGAACACAGCAGCACAGGACACCACAGUCCCAGACUCCCCAGACUUCACCCUCGAGGUCUGGCGACAGUGGCUGCAGGAAGCCCUCGCCCAGAAUCCAGAGAACUUAGAGGAUGUUAGAAACUAUGUGCUUGCUCCGAUCUUCAAGACGGACCGGGAUGCGUCAUUGAAACUGCUGGAAAUGUUCAAUCGAAGUCAGCCUUUGACCGCCAUCGACCGUGACUUAACCGAUCAUGGUCUUUUGUUACAGUUGGCCUCCCUCGAUCUGGGGAAGAAGUAUGGACUAGUCGAGGAACCUAGCAUUGACGAGGCCGUAUCAUACCCUUCGCCGGCGAAGUCCAUUGUACUCCAAGGAAGCCUGUUGGACAAACUCCUUGCAUACCCAUCUGUAUCGGUCAGGUCCAGCGCAUUCUCACUGCUAGUCUCAUCCCAAGCGACGACGAAGCCGUUCUCUGAUGUUGCGUUCGGUCUUCUGAAGAAGCACCUUGCAGCGUUCCAUGCAGACUAUGAUGCUAAGGUCCGUAACGAGGUGCUUGGCCAUACCAAGAAUCUUAUUAUGAGAGCAAAGAGCGUUAUCACCGUCGCGCGGAGGAGUCUUUCGGCUCACCCGUCUACCGAGGACGGGCCUCAUGUGCCCGCCAAGAAGAAGUCCGGGCCUGAGGUCGCGCUAAAGGAUGCCUCUGAAGCAAGAGCCGUCCUCAGCCGCCACGAGGCCUUCCUGAGCUGGUACAUGGACUUCUUGAAGAACGAGCUUCUACCUACUGCGUCGUAUCAGCGACACAUAACCGCAGUCAAAGCCACACUUCUCCUUCUCAAGGUUGGGAAACAUGCGGGAGCAACUGACGAUGGCGUCGACGAAGAUAUCGCGCGGUUGAUCUCAUCCGACUUCACUUGGCUUCGGUUGCUUCCUGACCUUUUGUUGGAUCCGUUUGACGACGUCAGAGACAGCGCAGCUAUGCUCCUGAGCUUGCUUCCGUCGAAACCCGGGGAACCCGAUGACCUUAACCCGCCAAAUCUUCGCGAUAUUCUGGGGCAGAUCAGCCUCCGAGCCACCAGACUCGCUGACAGGACCGGGCGGGCAGAUCACGCGGAUGGAGCAGCUCGCUCGCACGGCCUCCGUUGCAGUUCGAUAACAAAUGGACAAGACCCGCAGAUCUCUCUCCUGUCGUCUAUUAUUGAUCGGCUUGAGUCGAAGAUCUCAAAGGCAGGGGCUGAUUUAGGCCAUGCAGCCAUCGAGAGCCCGGUUCAUCCGUACUUCGCAGCAAUCAGUUACAUAUGGCAAGUCCUGGCCAAAGAAACCUAUACGGACGACUCUCUAGAACGUCUGCAUCAUCUCCAGCGACGGCUCUUCUUCUGCGCCCAGCAGAUCUGGCUUACAGUCAAGCACGUUCUCUGCGACGACUCACCAGAAGGCCAUUUGCCCGAGGAACUCGAGGAUAUCGAUGGGCUUGACACUAAAGACCUAUUGAGCUAUAGCUUCCGCGCCGUCCAUGAAUCAAGCAAUCUGUUGCGCCUCCUGGUGGGAACCCUGAGGCUGAAGAAGACGCCUGGCGUGCCGUUUCCGCCGAUGGAUGUGUUCAGAGAGACGGGCUACCUUGCAUUUGAGCAGCUCGCCAGCCUCCGGCAUCGCGGGGCCUUCUCGACCGUGUCUUAUACUUUUGCCACCUGUUGUCAACUUACUCAGCACUUGAGAAGCGUAUACCCAGACAUCGACGACUCGGAGGAUCUGCUUCGUGAAUGGUACCAGGGAGCGAUGGACUGCAUCAUGACACAGGCGUCAACCACGCGUCGGUCCGCGGGCAUUCCGUCCCUCAUUGCCGGCGUCCUCUCGGCAAAUGCGGCGUCGCCAACCUUUGAGGAGGUCUACGGGACCCUUGAAGAGAUUGGCAAACGGCCCGUACGCAUGUCCGAAACUGACGGGUCCAAUCUCCCUCAAGUGCAUGCCCUCAACUGCCUGCGAGAAAUCUUCAGGAGUUCACUCUUGAGCAAAAAGGCCGAGGCAUACCUGGCCAGAACCCUUCAUUUAGCAGCAACCAGCUUGAAGUCCGAAGUUUGGGCAAUCCGGAACUGUGGCCUUCUCCUAUUGAGGAGCCUAAUUGACUCGCUCCUGGGAACAGGCGAGAGCAAGGCGUCCAUCGAGUCAGGAUGGGAUGGCCAUUCGCUCCGUAUUUCUUACAACAAGUAUCCGACAUUGCCGGGCGUCAUCCUCAGUCUGCUGCGAUCCGCGGGCGAAACACUAGAUCAUGCAUCGAAUUCCAGUGCAGCCGAGGCAGUAUUUCCUGCACUCGACAUUAUCCGGCGUGCGGGUCCUCCCGAAGAGCACCGUUCUGAGCUGCGUAAGCACAUUGAAGGGUAUCUUGGAAGUCGCCUUUGGCAUGUUCGAGAGAUAGCCGCCAGAACGCUCUGCUCCUUCUUGCUGCAGGAGGAAUGGGCGAAAGAGAUCGGGGAACUUCUCGCCAAGUCGAGCACUCGCACAAAUCGACUUCAUGGAGCUCUCCUGACCGCCAGGUUCGUCAUUGAACGCAAGGUGGACUUGGGCGUCGACCUCAAAUCAGAUUUGGUUCAGCUUGAGACGUUGCUGGAGCAACUCUCUGGCAACCGUGAUUCCUUCAGGGGUUGCGCAGAACUCCAAGCGGCUUACCAUGAGAUCCUCAAUCUCCUCUCCAGUCUCGGCUUUCACCAGCUAGUUGCCAGGGUUGCCUUGCAAGACGUGUCAAAGCAACCUAGCUCGUCCUCUGCUCUGCUGAAUCUGCAUACUUCGCUACGAGUGGUCUACGAUACUGCAGCGCGGUGCGAUGUAGAAGGUCUUCGGACUUAUUUCCACGAUAUACUCGGCAGGGACCUCAACACAGCAUGCAGAAUCCUGGAGAAGAUUCCAGACGCAUGGAAGCAAGCGGACAGCCCGACUGCAACAACAGGGCUAUGCCGUUUGUAUCUCGAGGCCUGCGCCAUAUCCUCGACGCCUGAGCUUCAGGCUCAGUCUCUCCUAAAUCUUGAGCCACUGAUGGACGGCAUGCUCCGCCGAGGGGACCUCACAGAGCUCCCGAUGGUUGAACAACUGGAUGGGCUAUGGAAUCAGCUUCAAAGCGGCUACAUUAACCCUACCCUGUCAUGUGCUAUCACGGAGACCAGUGGGACCAUCAUGGCGGUCCUGGUUUCGCGUAACUCGGAUAGUAAGGUUCCGAAUAUGGGCCAAAGGCUGUGGAGUUGGGGAGCCAUGCUCAGCGAGUGCUUGGAGGUGAACCAGCCCUUCGACACCAGAUAUGCAGCCGCCAUGGCCCUCCGAGCUUUCUUUACCGGCGCCAAACACCACCGCUGGGAUGUCGAAUACCUCCCAGCCCUCUCAGCGCUCUACGACAGUCUUAUCGAUGACGACGACGAGGUCCGAGAGACCGCUGCAGUCGCUGCGUCCCAUAUCAUUGGCACAAACGCGAUCGCUUUCACGGCCGCUGACAGUCUUGUCCCAUGGCUGCGGGAGCACUUCGGAGAGUCCAAGGAGUUUCGAGCCCGCGUGGUGUGCAGGAUGGUUGGCCAGCCAUACUCGGGGGAUCUUCAGCUGGUUCCUGCCGAAGAACAACUCCGCAAGGCCAUGGACUUUGAUGAUUCGCUCUUCGCUGCCGAGGAGCAGAACCUCUUCAUCGACGAGGUCAGGGAAACGGUUAGAUGGCGAGAGGCCUUUGAGAGUCUACGGACUAAUUCAGGGGACGACCGAUCGUUCGGCUUUCUGAAGGCAUGGGUGGAGGGCGGGCUGAAUGCUCUCAUUGGCCGUGCAGAAAGGGAGGAUGGCGUGCUAGUUGGGUGGACGGCGGAUCAACAUGUGUUCGCAACAUGCGCUCGCAUCCUGCUCUGCGCCGUGGCGGUCGCUAGGGCUGGCGAAGCAGGUAUUGCGGAGCUGCUGAAACAAUUCCGGCGAGUUGGAGGAAGGACGAGAAUCCACGGGUCACUCUUAGAGAUGGGCAAGUGGGACACGAUAGCGUAAAGGCUAGCCUAGUUCCUUACUGUAAAAUCAAGAAGGUGCUUUGUUGUCGCCCCCUUUUCCCAGCCGCUGGCAGGAGUUCCUCUUCACAGGGUCAUUGGAUCCAAGUCCGGGGAUGUCAUGAAUACACCGAAGCUGCCGCAGGGAUACGCGUCAUGCAUUUCGUACUCGAACUUUCCCGAGGCAGCUCCGCCAUGCGAACUGGUCAUCCAUUGGGACAUGGGAUUUUUCGCCGUGUGCUUAGUUUUAGGACUGA